CUGCCGACGCACGACGCCAUGGGCGGCAUCAGCGGCACAGCCCUGUUCGAGGUGGACGAGGUCGGCGCGCCUGGGGCUGCGGGCCAGUACCUGAGCGCCCAGUUCAGAGGGGCGUCGCUGCCAGCCGAGGCGAUGCGCCUCGACGGUGCCUUCCCGGCUCGUGGAGUUGGGCCUGCUGGCUUGUUGCGCCUCUGCGCGCAGGGCCCUGCACGGUGCGGCGAGCCCGCGCGGGCUGGGCGCGCCGUCCUGCACGUGGGGUGGUUGCGGCUGCGGGCUGCGCGGGGGCUGGUGGAGCCCUGGGCGCGGCCGAGCGCCUUCGGAGGCCGCGGCGGCGGCGGGGGUCGGCAGGCCUUGGGCCCCAUCCCUGGCGGCGCCGCGCCUGAUCGCUUGGCGGGCGCGGCUGCUCGAGCCCUCGCAGGAGGUGGGGCUGGCGCCCGCGGCGUCGGCGGUCGCGGCAGGCGGCGGCAGCGCAGCGAGUCGGGUAGCCGCAGUGAUGGCGACGGCGAGCCGCGUUUUCGCGACGCCCCCUCCCGCGGCGGCAGCGUGAGGCUGCUGGCGGAGAGGCAGCCCGGCGCCCUCUACGACGAGGCGAUGCUUAACAUCGCUCGCGUGAUGGGCCUGCGAUCGUCUUCGGUCACCACCGUCUCGCAGCUGCGGGUCAACGCGGUGCGCGCGGUGCUGACGCUGGCAACGACGCGGGACCUGCUGGAGAGCGGAUCGCUGCCGCAGGUGAGCGACGUCCUGACGCAGAGGUUCAAGGCGCUGGAGUUCUCACUAUCGGGUGUGAGUUGGCAGGUCGCGAGCGAGCUGGAGAUCGUGCCCGGCGCCAGGCCGCCCCUCGCCUCGAUGGACGAGCAGGACCUGGCGCGCCGCUCGGCUGCGCCGCGGAGGCGGCUGCAGGACGCCAAGAGCCGCGGGGCCUUAGGGGGCCAGGGCCGCGGCGGCGAGAGGGCACGACCCGCGGAGAGGGCGCGGGAGGGCUCGAGAGCACGCUCGCCCUCCCCGCGCGCCCCGCAGGCCGCGAGGCAGCCUGCUCCAGGCCGAGGGAAAUGGCGCGGCCGCGGCAGGAACCGCUUCUUCCUUCUGCGCGCGGCCAGCCUUGCUCGCGCCCCGAGCGCCCCCGCAGCGGCGGCCGAGGCCGAGGGCCCGCCCGCCGCGGCGCCCUCCGACAGCCCCGCCCGCGCCCUUCCGCCGAGCGGGCCGCGGGGGCCGCGCGCGGUCGCGGUCGCCGCCGCGGGAGCAGGGGGCACAACGCGGGCAGGGGCUGCUGGAGACCUGCUCCGAGAGCCCUAUGACGUGGGCCCGAUACUUCUCAACCUGUUCAGGAGCUCCCCUGGUUCGCUUGGUCGCUAUGUUCGCAACUCCCUGGAUCUACAGCUGCGCGAGCACAUGGCCACCAAGGGAGGUCGGCUGCAACGUGACUUGUUGCCGUUACCGCACCCUGCCGUUGUCAAGUCCGAUGUCGUGCAUGACGGCGAGGACCUCAGCGACGAGAACUGGGAGGCGCUCCGCUGUAGGCUGGUCGUGACGGUGCUGGCGCUGAACUGUGGGGCGGGCUUCCGCUCGCUCAAGUUCGCUCGAUGCUGCCGCGGCCGUGCUGAUGCAGCCCAGCGGGCCGCCUUGAUCGGCCUGGCGCGGCGGCUCUUCUUGGCCGCGCGCAUCGAGACCAGCCUGCCCAGGGACCUGAACUGGGAGAGCCGCCCCAAGGAUCGCAAGAUCGGCUACAGUGGCUCCGAGAUCACGACCCCUCACAAACUCACCCCGGAACAGGUGCUGGACGGCCUGCCGCCGCCUGGCGUCGCGGCCUCCAUCGAGGCGGCCGAUCUUGCGACGGGUUUCCUGCGCGAUGCCUUGCUGGACCCGUCGCUGGUGUUGCUGCCGCCUUCGCUCCGUCGCACGGCGCCCACCCCCGCUCGCGCGCGGGCUUGCGAGUCCGAGUGGCAUCGCAUGAUCGCCCCCAUCGCUCCGAGCGAGAUCGCCUGCCGCGACGGAGCACCGCUUUUCAACGGCGCCUUCGGCGUUCCAAAGGCCCGCGAUGCCCCCGUCAGAUGCGGCGACGGCGAGCUGCGGCCCGUCCUCAGGCGGAUCACGAAUUUGACCCCCUCGAACGCGUGCCAGGGGUGCAUCGUGGGAGACACGCCCGAGAUGCCGACGAUGAGUCAGCUGAACGGCCUGGUGCUUACCGAGUCGGAGGACCUGUUGUGGAGCGGCGCUGACAGAAAGGCCUUCUUCUACGUCUUCAGGGCGACGCCGCCGCGGUGGCCGCGCAUGGUGAUCGCCCCCUCCGCGCCGUCUCGGCUGCCGGGCCUCAAGGACGGCGGCACCACCCACAUCUGCUUGUGCGUGAUCGGCAUGGGGUGCAUCAGCGCGGUGGGAGUGAGUACCCAUCUUCACCGCAACAUGCUUCAGCGCAGUGGCAGCGUGCCUCGCGGCCUCUGUCCAAGCUGCGAGUCGGAGGCGGAGAAGCUGCGCGGGACGGUGCCUGCCCUGCUGACUGACGCCAGGGCCUGCUACGAGGCGGCGGUCUCGCUUGGGCCCCCUGGCAAGGACGUCCACCGCGAGGUGCGUGCGACCGCCCUGGGCCAGCUGGUCGACGGCGUCGAGGGCGCCCGCCGCCCCUCCGUGGGCUACAUCACUGAGAUGGUGAGUCUGACCUUUUGGGUCCUGGGGAAGAAGCGUGUCAGCAUGCGGCUGAUACGUAUCCUGCUUGGCCGAUGGGUACGUGUUCAUUGCUUCCGCCGCCCGCUGGCCGCCCGUUUCGCCUAUGCUUGGCGAUGGCUUGACGAUGCGCGCAGUGGAGGCCGCUUCAGCGUCAACGUCGUCGACGACCUGCUGAUGUGCCUGGCGCUUUCUGCUCUCUGUGUGGCAGACAUGCGGCUCGAGGUCGACCACCUGGUGACGGCGUCUGAUGCGUCGGAGGCUGCGGGCGCGGAGAUCUACAGCGCGGCCCUCUCGGACCGCGGCCGCGCGCCUGCCACCCGGCGCCGGCGGCCUGCCAGCGCUGCCUGCGAGGAGGAGACGGCGCUGAUCAACCUCUUCGACGGGAUCGGGGGCGGACGCAGGGCUUUCGAGAUCCUCGGCCAGGCCGACCCGGUCACCCUGGCGGGCCUCUUGCGGGCCCGAGGUCGGAUCACUCGCGUGCUGGUAAUGGGCGGCUUCCCGUGCCAGAUCUACGCGAGCCUCGACGUGGACCGCCGAGGUGCCGCCGACCCGAGCGCCUCGCUUGUCGGCCACAUGGUCAGGAUCAUCCAGGGGCUGCGGGUGGCCAUGCCUGAGGCCACGGUUGACUUCCUCGGCGAGAACGUUGCUUCGACGGUCGAAUCUGACGCACUUCAUCUCAACGCGCUCUUCGAGCGAAUCCCCUUGGAGGUCGAGGCCGGUGACAUCGGCUGGGUCAAGCGACCGUGCCUGUACUGCACGUCCUGGGACCUGCUGCCCUCUUUCGGGUCCAAGGCGACCAUGGUGAUGGCGAAGGGCUCGGCGGGCCGCCGCGCCUGCCGCGUGGCGCUGCAGGCUGAGCGGCCGCCGCUGGAGGAGUGGCUACCUGCUGGUGCGAACUGCCCUGGGGCCGCUGCUGGGGAGCCGCUGCCUACGUUUGUUCGUUGGGCGCCGCUCUCGCAACCGCGCCCCAGGCCUGCGGGCAUCGGGGAGUGUACGGAUGCUGAGCUGGCGCGCUGGGAGGAGGUGGGCUUUGCUGCCCCGCCCUACCAGUUCCGUGACAAGUGGUGCGUCCACGAGGCCGGUGGCCGCGUGGCGCCGCCUGACGCGGUCGCGCGCGAGAAGCUGAUGGGCUUCGUUGAGGGCCACACUGUCCCGUGCAUGACCAGCGCGGAGGCGAAGGCCAGCCCGACCAAGUACGAGGCGCUGCGGCGAUCCUUGGCGGGGAACUCGUUUCAGUGCGAGGUGGUAGCCUGGUUGUUUAGCCAUUGGGCCGUAGCUGUGGGGCUGCUGGUCACCGUGCCGUCGGUGGCCGAGCUGCAUUCCAGCGCGCGCGCCUGGGCUGGAGGCCGCAAGUUGUGGGCUGGCGACCUCGCCUCGCUGCGCUGCGGACGCGCGAAGCUCGACGAGCAGGUCUCCCGCGAGCUGGAGGUGGCAGCUGCGGGGCGCGCCGGCCCGGGGCCGCCAGCGGUGGUCUACGUCGGCCGUGGCUCGCGGCGCUGGAGCUUGGAGCCUUCCGGCUGGGGCAACCCCUUGGCCAUCAGCCCGAGCUGCUCGCGAGAGGACGCGGUGGCGCUGUUCGCGGGCUGGCUGCGGGGGCAGCCGCAGCUGCUGGGUCGCCUGGAGGACCUGCGCGGGGCUACCCUGGCGUGCCACUGCGAGCAGGCGGUGUCCUGCCACGCGGACGUGCUGCUUGCCGAACUGGCCAAGCGUGGUGCGACUUCCUGGAGAGACUCAGAUGUCUCGCGAAGGCUGGCCACGAAUCUUGCGAUUGCGUGCCGCAGCAAUGGUGCAGACAUACGUACGGACGGGAGCUCUGAGGAGCUCGGUCAGAUAUUCCCUCGGCAGGAGAUUGAUGCAGGUAUUUCGCAGCGGCGUAAAGCUCGACAGCUGGUUUGGGCCGUUCCAGAGCACAUCGACGUCUUGGAGUGCCAGGGCGCCCUGAUGGGGAAGCGGAGUAGCCCCUCCAAUCGGCGCGCCGCCGGUGCUGGACUGGGGAAGCUGGGUGACGCUCGAAUUGGUGCUGCAACACUUGCGAGAUAUCGUCGAGCCGCCCAGCAGUUUGUUGACUAUCAAAAUGCCAUGAACCUGCAGCUGCCUGUGACAUGGGAAGAUAUGGAUGUUACUCUCCAAGAUUACCUCGAGUAUCGUUGGGCCGAGGGCGCCACCAAAGGUGCCUCAGCGUGCGCAGCCGAUGCCGCCGCUGGUCUGCAGUGCGCUAGCUGGCUGGGCGCGGGGGGGGAAGAGAUCGCGUUCGCGGCGACAGCGCUGGCGGGCUUCCACCUGCGCCUUCGGACAGUCGAGGCCCUCAGCCUCUCCAGCGGCGUCGUCCAGCUGAAGCCUUGCGGCCGCGGCGCGGUGUCGCUACCCUGGACAGAGACUGCCUGUCAGAAGGGUGCGCGCGAGGCGGUGACGCUGGACGAUCCGCUUGUGGGACCG